CGAGUACUGACGCUUCAAUGGUGUAACGAGAUCAUUAUCAAUUCAAAAAAAUAGUUUAAAAUUCACAAAGAAGACGUUUCAGCAUGAAAUCGAUCUUAUUAGCUGCAGUCUAUUUUUUAAUUUUCUCUCGAAAAGUCAAGGCUCAAUUAUUCCCGAUCGACUCGGAUAAACAAGAAAACAUUUACGACAUUUUAAUCUCCACGGAGCGAAAUUCUUUGGACGACUGUUCAACACGCUACUAUCGCUAUGGCAGAGACAAUUUGGCAAGUCCCGUUCUCGGUACGCCCGUUAAGCCAAGUGAAUUUGCUCAUUUUGCCGCCAUCGGAUGGACUCGCGAUGGAAAAGUUGAUUGGGAUUGCGGCGGUUCAUUAAUUUCUGAUAAUUGGGUCUUGAGUGCGGGUCAUUGCACGUAUUCGCGUGAUUCGGGAGCUGCGCCUGAUAAGGCAUUGCUCGGAGAUCGAAAUCCUUAUUCGACAGUCGAUGACGAGUUUGCGCAGCUUUUUGAUAUUGUUCAAGUCGUUGCGCACGAGGAAUAUCGCUCAUCGUUACGAUAUUAUGACAUUGCCUUGUUUCAAUUGAAUGGAAACAUACGACCUCAUAAAACUGUGUUGCCGGCUUGUUUGUGGAGUUCUGAUGAUUUUUUGGAUCUUAAGGAGCUUGAAGCUAUAGGAAUCGGGCAAACGGGUUUCUUUGAAAAUAAAACUGAUCGCUUGGAAAAAGUAACUUUAAAUCCAAUGGAUCUCGAUACCUGUAAAACCUACUACGACCCAUCAAGCGAUCGCAAAAUCCGAAAUGGUCUCAUCGAGCAUCAAAUUUGUGCGCGAGACAAUAAACGCGAGGAAUUACGACAAGAUACAUGCUUGGGAGACUCUGGGGGUCCGUUACAAGUAAAAUUAUUAGCAAAUGGUCGCAUUACGCCAUUUAUCGUUGGCGUAACAUCUUUUGGAAAAGCUUGUGGCUUUGAUGCUCCCGGAGUUUAUACGUCAGUUCAAAAGUUCAGAACUUGGAUUGAGUCGAAAACUGGAAUUUCAUUUGAACCUAGAAAAUGUGCCUUACGAUAUGUCUCUCUCCGUGAAUUCCAACCCGGACUUUUAGAAUUAGCAGAUCGUUCAAGUGACAGUGACACAGGACUCACAUUAGAAGAUUACCGAAGUAAUUGGAUCAACUCAAAAAUCCAUCUUGCUCGAGAUUAUCGUCACAAGGCCUACAUCGGGUCAUAUAAGGGAAACUACAUUCAUUGGUUCUGCGGAGCUUCCUUGAUAAGUGAAAGAUUUUUACUCACAGCGGCCCAUUGUUUGAGCAAACGCCCUGAUAUUGCGUCAGUAGGUGGUUUACGUCCUAACAGCAAUGCCGAGGAUCAUUUGAACCAAAAACGAGAAAUUGACGAGAUUUUUAUCCAUCCCUCGUAUCGCAAUAAUGAAAUCCAUCACGAUAUCGCUUUGAUCCGAUUGAAAGAAGAAAUUGACUUGUCACUGGAUAUCGUUCCCGCGUGCAUUUGGAAAAAGGAAAAGUUACCAACAGACACUUAUGAAGUCGUUGGAUGGGGAUCGCGAACAAGUAACUUGUUCUUUAUUGACUUGCCGGUAUGGGAAGUUGGCAACGAUGAAGUUUUUCCGAUUGUGACGAGCGAAUGUGAUGCAGAAUGUCAAGUUACGAAGACGAAACCGCUGGAAAAUAUCGUCGAUCAUUCAACAAAGGACGAAGUUCGUUACUUGGAAGUCAACUCUACAAUCCUAAGCAACCAAAAAUGCAACGAAUUCUUCCUCAAAAAGAACGGAAAUCGCAUUCUCGACUCGCAACUUUGCAUCCAAAACGAUCUUUUUGCUGUGCCAGGCAUCUGCGAACUCGAUGUCGGAGGUCCCGUGGAGCGGAAAAUUUGGGGAUUUAAUGAAUACGACUCGUACGUCUUUGGUGUAAACUCUUUCGGCAAAAAUUGUGGCUUUGGAACACCUGUUGUGGCUACGCGAGUCUCCUCAUACGCCGAUUGGAUCGAAGAAACUGUUUUAGGCGUCAAACCAAAACAAAAUUCCAAUUUUAUUAGAAAACGGAGCAACGAUCAAAUCGUUUUUGUGGACGAUGAACAAGAAAUUGAGGGAAAUUCGUGUACAAUUCCCGGCGAAAGUACGAAAGGCAUUUGUAAAGAACCCAAAAACUGCCCGGGGGUCGUUGAAAGUUACCGAAAUCGCAGUCAACAAGUCGUUUUUUGUGGAUUUCGGCCGAAAACGACAGUUUGUUGUCCAAAAAGCACAUCUUCUCGGUCAGAGGGUUUGAUGCAAAGUAGUUUAAAGCAAUGUUCGACGCUUUACCGUGACUUGAGACAAGCAGCUACAGGCGCAAAUGGAAAUUUAAAGUAUGAAAACAAUAAAAUAUUUACUCAUACAGCAGCGAUCGGGUUCGCUAAAACGACUGGAAUCGAUUAUCGUUGCUGGGGAGCCUUAAUUUCGGCGGAUUUUGUUGUCACUACAGCUUCUUGUCUUACCCAAGCGAGAUCAACUCCAAAGCAAGUUCGGUUAGGAAACAUCAACUUUGGUCUCUCAAACGAAGAACAAUUGAAGGCUGUUUUGAAGGUUAUCGUUCAUCCCCUUUAUCGUCCGGGCACUUUUUACAACGACAUUGCCCUUUUGAAGUUGGUUUCUCCCGUGAAAUUCAGCAGAAAUGUCAUUCCUGCGUGUCUUUGGCACUCAGAAGACAAAAUUCCCUUCAUUGGCAUCGUUCCGGGACCAUCAGGCACAAGCGAAAUUUCUUACAAAUGCAACCGUCAAGGAAAUUCCAACAAAUGUGAAGCCUUGAACCGAAUUGACGCUGAACGGAAAUUACUGACGAUGCAAAAUGAUGCAUGUCAAAAGUAUUACAAGCCGAGUACGGAGUUGCCGGAUGGUUUGGUGCCGAGUCAAGUGUGUGCCAUAGCCGAAAAAAUCAAUACCACGGAUAGUUGUUUGAGAAAUUCGGGAGCUUUGUAUCAAAAGGGCGUCGAAGAGAAUGGAGUUAUUGUUCCUUAUGUCCUUGGAUUGUAUUCUUACGAUAAAAAUUGUCAUAAAGACUCUCCUGCCGUUUUUACGAGAAUUUCCUCGUUUAUAAAUUUUAUAACGGAAAAUUUGAGCUAAAAAUUAAACAUAAAAAAUUAAUAAAAAUUUUAUUUUAAUUUUAAAAUAAUUUCUUUUUGCGAAAAAAUUAGGUAUGAUGAAAUUCAGCAAAAAAAGUUUAUUUA